AUGAGUCACGUGGUGAGACUUGGCAUGAAUCCCGGCCAUUGGGGGCGGCCGCAACGGCCCAGCGAGGUUGAGGCGGAGACUCAUGUGGAGGCGGGCAAUUCCAGUAUCUCCGAUCAGUCCCUCUUCUACGAACUCUUUUUUCCUGAUUAUCUCGACGCGUCCAAAAAGCCUUUGAACGAGUUGUCACCUCCCGAAACGACAGCGAUGACUUCAAACGCUACCCUUCCAUUGUCUUCACCCGGACCUGCAUAUGCGACUUCCAGCGUCACUGCGACACCUGCGAGCGAUAAUGACGAGGACCACAUUCAACCAGCCGACACUACACCGGAGCAUUCUGAUGGCGAUGCGCACAACGCCCCAACCGAAGAGAAUACGACAGCACCGCAGAAUGAGGUUCAGAUGGGGGGUCUGCAGAAUUCUGGCAAUGGUGGUGGAGAGGACGCCGGAGAUGGAGGUCUGCAAUCGCAAGGCGCGGGGAUUAACAACGGUUUAAUGAACCUGCUGGAUAUUGCGCAUGCAGAUGCACAUGGGAAUCCUUACAUGGCUUCCUUUGAGGAUUGCCAAACUGGCUUUGGGAAGAAUCUCCGCAGCGGUGCGGAAGGCAAGCAGCGGCUUCAAGAGGAGCUUCAUCCGAUGGGAACAGAUAACUGCGAGGAGGGUCCGGCUUUCGUGGAUGGCAGAUUGUUUUCAGGCCUUCUGCCAGCGCUUGAGUCUGAUAUCGAAGUAUCAGGAGGUCACGAUAGCCAUGGGAUGUCUUCGGAGACCAUGGGACCGAUGAAUAUAAUGGCAGCCCAGGGCCCAACUAUUCCCAGCAUAGAGAAUCCCUUCUCUGGGCAGACCACCGACUGGUUUGAGUAUGGUCCAUUGCAAAAUAUGCUGUCCCUGCAGAGCCAACAAUACGGAAACUACUUCAAUCCCCCAGCCGAGCCAUCAGCUAUGGAUAUCGCAGAUCAAGAAGUACAAGGGUUUGCGAAAAUUGAGUUCGAGGAUGGUCACUUCUAUCUGAACUCCUAUUCACUCAAAAUAGGCAGGGACGUCACGGCCCAAAAGCUCCACAUGCGGCAGAUGGAAAGAGAAAAGUCUCAUCACAAGGGGGGGCACAGUAAGGCCAAAUCUAUGGUCAGUGAAAAAGCAGGCUUCGUCAGAGACUUUGAUCAACAAGAAAUCCAUGAGCUGGAGCGUGAUCGGAGGAAACGACGGAGAGAACGAGAUCGAAGCUCGAGCAGACCAGACAAGCGCCUCAAGACACCAAGGUCUUCUGGCUCAUCAUCCCAACAUCGGUCACGGAGACUAUCUAUGGUCCCACCUAGUAAUACCAAUCAGCGAUUUUACCAGUCAAAUGUCGAAGAGCCUGCAAGAGUGGAAGUAGAGAAGCAUACGCCCUCUCCUCACAGAGUAGCGACACUUCUAAUCCAUCCGCUUGACAAGGACAAUUUGAGCGCAUGGAAGGGCAUAUCACGAGACCACCUGCUCAUCGAAUUCAACUUCGAUAAGACUCUCUGGGAAGCACACGUCAGGGGAGUCAACGGCUGCUUCGUGGACCAAGUACAUCACCAAAGAGGCGAAACUUUCGCCCUGAAGAAUGGCGACAGCUUACAGAUUGGCGCAGUUCUCAUGUUAUGGAGGCUGCCAGAACAUAUCCCAGAAGGUGGGACAGGAGCCGAACAGUACAAAUCCUCUGAUGAUGGCACGCGGUUCGAAAGUGGCUCCACCCCGUCGAUCCAUAGGAUGCAUGGAAAAGAGAUGAGCUUGGAAUUCUUGGCUGAUCGAAGAGCCGACCCCGGUGUCAGCAGCGAGAGUUAUGACGAUGAUCAUGAUAUGAAUGAUUAUGACAUGGACGAUCAUGAUGACGAUGAUGAUAUCGAGUAUGAAGAGGGAGAGAUAAUCCGAGGCGAAGAGGCAGGCGAAACGACCGAUUAUAAUGAGAUCUUUGAAACAAACCGUCAUCAUGUGGAGAGCGAUGGAGAGGAUGCGCAAGAGUGUGCGGCUGAUGAAGAUAAGAAUCGGCAUGAGCCCGCUCGUGAAGAAGAUUUGGAGAUGGAGGAGGUUCUGUCUCGGCCGAAAAAAGCUCCCCCAGUCAAGAAACGUGGAGCCGGUCGACCGCCCAAGGGUGAAAAGUCCAAGCGCCAAGAGAAAGAAGAGAGACUGGCAGCGCAAGCAGCCGCCAAAACAGCCGACAAAGCAAAGGCGGCCCAGCAAGCUGUAAUACAGACCGCCAAGGAGGGGGAGAACGGAGCCACGGAGCCCAAGGUGGCCGAAAUUUCCGAAAAUAUCGAAUCAGCAACCUUGGAUCCCGCGAAUACCGCCAAUAAGACUGUGCCCGAUGGUGAGAUCAAGCGAAAAGUUGGUCGUCCUCGCAAGCAUCCAAAGCCAGACACACCUCCGGAGCCCAGGCAGAAGCGAAAGUACACGAAGAGGAAGCCAAAGGAACUCAAAGACGGGGAGCAAAAAGACGGAGAGCAAAAAGACGGAGAGCAAAUAGCAGAGGGCGCCACAGGUGACGAUAAGGGAAAGAAGCUAGUGAAAGCGAAAAAGAGUGCCAAAUCACCUCCUGCUUUCUGUCUUGACAACUAUCCCGACAGAUCAACCUUCGCUCCGGGGGAGCUGAUAAAGCCUCAAAUAACUUAUGUCACGCUCAUUUACGACGCUCUGACUGAGUCGAAAUCUAAGGCAUUGACCCUGCCGGAAAUCUACAAUGCUAUCGCAUGGAAACACGCUUAUUUUGCUCACGGAGCUCAAACCAAUGGGUGGCAGAGUAGUGUUCGUCACAACCUCGGACAAAAUGACGGGUUCUAUAAGGUUUCGCGUUGUGGGAAGGGUUGGAGGUGGGGAGUCAAACCGGGUGCAACCUUUGAGAAAGAGAGAAAGAGGAAAGCUUCGCCUCCACCUCAGCAUCAUCCUGGGAUGCAACAACUAUACCCCAAUACUUUCUACAAUGGACCUCCAGUGCAAGGCUAUCCUCCUCAAGGCUAUCCUCCCCAAGGCUAUCCUCCCCAAGGCUAUCCUCCCCAAGGCAAUCCUCCCCAAGGCAAUCCUCCCCAAGGCUAUCCAUCUCAAGGCAUGAUAGCACCACCUCAGGGAUCUGCAAUGCCUUCUCAGAACUUUCAACCUGGUCAGCAGCCGUUUAUCAGCGGUCCUAUGGGGCACCCACAAUCGCAGUUGAAUGGAAAUUUCCACCCUGGGCCACAUCGUCCUAUGACCCACAUCCCAACGUUGAUUCCCCCGGCCUUGGCACCUCCAGCAAACAGGUCUUACAGUUCUCCCUACGCAACGAAGCCUCCCGUUUCAAACGAGUCGCCGGCCAACGUCCAAGGACCACCGGCUAACACCCAAGAAGGACCGCCGGCACCGGAACAGAAAUCUAACUCGCAAAUGGCACCUGCAUUGACUACUUCCCCGCCAAAUGCCCACCAAAGUCCACACCAGCCUCAAGCUCCCUACCCUCCCCCGCCGCAGCACACGACUCAGGCAUAUGCGGUCCAGCCACAAAUGUACCCUGAACCCCAACCACCUCCACAGUAUUCCCCCUCCCCGUAUCAGACGAUUAAGCAACCAUUGCCUCCUCAAGCUCAGUCUCAAGCCCUGCAAAACCAACCCGGUACCAGUGCUCCUGCUCCUGCACUGGCGCCUGCUGUGGCGCCUCCUGUAGCGCCUCUCAUCGCUGCUCCCGUCGACGAACGGGUGUCGAAGGCUAUCACGUCUUUCAAGAAGAUUUUGUCCGAGCAACUAGCCCCCAAGGAAAAUGGUCUAGAGAGCCUCGAAAAUGCGGUGCAAAAAGUCAUGGGGCAGAUUCCGGACGAUACACCUGGUUUCCCAAAAGAGAAGUACAUCGUGGAAGUCCUGCGAGAUAUGCUUAAAAAAAUCGGCCUCCGCCCUCCGGGACCCCCUGGGCUGAGCGAAGAGCCCUCUCAAACACAGUCAACUCAACAUGUUCUUCCGCCUCAGUACCAGGCGAACCACAGCGGAACACAAGCACGCGGAGCAUCUCAACCGCCUGCGAACCCGACUGGCGCAGAAAGAUCGACUCCCACGAUCACACGGCCCUCGUUCCACGCGCAUAGUCCAAUUCGCCCGAGCGGGACUCCCGUUCCUAGGCCUUCGAUGAACCCAAAGAACGGUCUAGCCAGGAAAGAUUCGAAUAGCUCUGUGGCGCCUCCUGCUGGCUCCGCUACACCUCCCGUGGUUAUUAGCCUGGCAAAUGGAGCCAGCGCACCCAAGCUAAGCCAGAUUGCGCAGGUCGAGAGUGAAGGCUCGCAGACGACUGCGCAGGUUGAGAGUGAAGGCCCGCAAGUAGUACAGAGACAGGCAGGGGAGAACGAGGGAAUGAAUCAACAGGUCAGGAUAGAGACGACAAAAUCUGACCUUUUACCAGUCAUCACAAAGACGGCAGAGGGGUGA